CACAUACACACAGGUAUGUGUGUGUGCCUCUUGGUGGGGCAGAAACCGAGCACAGACAGGGAAAUUCCCUACAUCCGGGGUUCGUAACACCUGUCAGGGUGGAGUCAGUGCCCGCAUGGCGAUGUUACUAUGGCGUCAGUCCGGAAGUCAGUUCAGUCUAAACCUUGCUACACGAACCGUGGCGUUGGUGAAAUUGGAAGUGAAUUGCCAGACGUGCACUCGGAUUCCGACGAAACGUUUUUUGUGCCUCGUUCGUCUCGGAAACAGCUAGACAUCACUGUUGCUCCCGUCACGCAGCCAGUGAGCAUGGUACUCAUCUCCACCACGUCACGCUACCAUGCUGAUGAGUUCUGUGAUAUAAAUCUAGACAAUGGCAGUGACUUCAAGCUUACGGAAGAUGUAACCGAGGUCAGUGCCAGCACCGCUUUAAAGGAUAAAAGUAGGGUGAGUGAAAAUUGGAAACAUUUUGCGAAAAAAAUUAAGACGAGCAAAAAUUCUCACAGGAAGCAUGGUAAAUCUAACCUACUUGAGGCUCGAACGAAGUCUUUAUACGGUGAAAGCGAAGAGCAGAAUGGCUUGCCCCCUUUCGAAAUCCGCGGGAACCAAGAGGCACAGAAGGACCAACAUACAUACAAAAUAUCAUCACGUGAUAAGAAUAACCAGAAGCGUCAGGACAAUCUGCCUUUCGAAAAUAUACUGCACGAAGCUCCCUUGGAUACCACAGCGAUAAGUAAUAAGAAUGAAUUGCAAACACAGGAAAAUAUUGCUUCAAACUUGGGCUCGUCGCCACUGUCUUGCCACAUACAGUCAUUUGCCAGCGGGUUAGGGUACGAUUCCAACGAUAACAUUCAGAACUCAUGCGCUGCUGUUUGUAGAAGAUCAUCCAUGGUAGAUGAUCUCCUGCUUUCCAUAUAUAGACACAACCGUCGUAGCGACAGCAUCGAGGAGUCUGACACUCUAACCGAGCACUCCACCACUUCUGAGACGCCGCACAUCGCGUCUCAGCUCCAGACGAGGACUGUGAGGCGCUGCCCCUCCGGCGGGGUUGUGCACCGCCGCUCCAGACUCGUCAACAAAGAUGUAAAUGAGCUUCGGUUGCUGGUUGCCUCUUUGCAGGCAUCUCUGUCUAGCCAGUGCGCCAUGCUCAUCAGGGAGCUGAAACGACGAGACAAACUUCAUUACCGUCGAGAUCAGCAGAAUGAUGUUAUCACAGCAAUACUCCAUGCGUUGUCACAGAAGCGAAGCCAGGACACAAGGAUGAGGUUCUCAGUGGCACCACUUCCCGGAGACUCAGGAUUCAUGCAGUGGCAUGACGCUAUGAUGAUGUGCGCCAGACUGCCGGGGGGUAUUCCUCAAGAGUUCCGUCGGAGGCUGUGGUUGACGUUGUCCGAAAAACACCUUCAGGCUCGCGGCGUCGACUGGUCCCAUGCAGAGAGGUUCUGUUUUAACGAGUGGUCCAACCCAGACGACGACGAGCUUGGUGAUCAGAUUGUCAAGGUAAGAGUUUAA